CCGCAACGGUCACACUGGCCACUAACUGACUACAUCCCAAUCCGAAUCUGAAUCCGAAUUCAAAUCGAAAUCCGUAACAGCAACCGCAUCUAGGAGCUACGAAUUCCGUGGAGAGCCAGCGGCCAUUCCGGACAAGACAUGUCGCCCAAGUACACGCACGCCAUCGUGGCCAGAAUCUCGGAUGCCCUGCUGGAGAACGGGAAGUUCGACGUCCAACUGGCGAAGCAGCAGCAUGAGGAGUACUGCACCCUGCUGCGCUCCAUCGGGCUGGACGUGAUCGAGCUGCCGCCGGACGAUGAGCUGCCCGAGGGCGUGUUUGUGGAGAACAGCGCUGUGAUCUGCAAUGGAGUGGCCCUGAUUGGACGAUCGGAGAACCCGAAGCGACGCCGCGAGGCCGAAAGCAUGGCCAUUAUCCUGAAAAAGGAGCUAGACAUUCCAAUAAUAGAGAUCGAGGACCAGCAUGCCCAGCUCGACGGCGGAGAUGUGCUCUUCACGGGUCGGGAAUUUUUCGUGGGAAUCUCGGGCUUCACCAACGAGGAGGGUGCCCGUGCUGUGGCCAUGGCCUAUCCGGAAUACCCAGUGACGCCCAUACGCGUGAAUGGCAAUCGCCGGCUGAAGUACUAUGUGACCAUGGCGGGACCGGAUGUCCUGUGCGUGAGCAGCAGCCCCACCUGCCAGGAGAUUGUGAAGCGCAUGGAGCGGGAGGCGAGCUUCACCUACCAGAAGCUGACCCUGCCGGAGGAGAGUGCCGCCAAUGUGUUGUACAUCAAUGGAACCAUUGUCUACCGAUCCCCGUCAGAGAUACCCGACGCCUACAAGACUUUGAAAGAAAAAAUCGACAUUCCAUCGAGAAACAUAAACAUAAGCGAGUUUAGUCAGUACUCCAGUGGCCUGACGUCGUGUUGCCUGCUGCUCCGGCGCUGGAAGUCCAUAAGGAGUAUCUGAAUCUGAAUCCCUGGGAGCUGUCCCAACCAGUAGCAUUGCCAUGAGAAUCACACAACGCACACCAGCAAUAUUUAUAAAGAAAUCCUAUCGUAUUAUCCAUGUAUUCGUAGUCUAAUUGCAAUUCUUGUUAUCGAAUCGAAUCUACGCUCCUCCGACUGGAGAGUUGGAGCGAGUCCUGGCAUUCCAAACCAGUCCCAUUAUACCGUUUAAGGAUAUCGGACAAUAUCAUUAUUACUAUUAUUAUUA